UCAUUUAGUCCAACCGUUUUUCUUCCCUCAUUUUUUAAAUCACGGUGUCCUGAAUGAGGCAUGGCAAAAGGCAAAGCAAAACGAGGCAACACUCACCAGACCCGAAAAGCAAAAGCAAAGGCUUCCCACAAAGCACGUAAUGUAGUGUUUUAUUUCCGCACCCUGUUCUGUGGAAAAAGAUCACUAACAGCCCAAAUGCCCAUCGGUUAACAGACAUCUUUUGGCAAUGGCGAUGAUCUCGGCGAUCUAGAAACCCAACUGCGUCAGCGCCAAUUAUGUGUCAAAGACAUGAAAGGCGACGGCAAUUGCUUGUUUCGGUAGGCGCUUUUUUGGGAAUAGACGGCACAGUGUCAGCCAGCCAGCUAAACUCGGAUAAAAAAUUCAGGGCAUUGUCUGAUCAAUAUUAUGGCACGGAUGAAAAUCACGGUUCAAUACGGCAGGAAAUAUGUCGAUAUCUGCGACAACAUGAAGAAGAGUAUAAAUUCUUUGUGGAAGAUGAUCAGUCUUUUGACCAUCACGUCAGUUGUAUGGAAAACGAUGGCACUUUUGGUGGCAAUAUGGAAUUAACCGUCUUUGCCAAAUGCAAAUCCGUCGAUAUCAAAGUAUACCAGCCGGGACUCAUAUAUGUCAUCAGCGGGAAUGAAGAAGAGGAAACCAACAACGACGAGAAAGACGCGGAAGGAAAACAAACAUUGCAUAUUGCUUAUCACAGUUGGGAACAUUACAGUUCGAUACGAAACAUCGAUGGCCCUUUCUCCGGGCCGCCCGAGAUCAAGUCAACUCGGAUAGAGAAUCCCGAAGCUGCAUCGGCGGGCAACAACAACGAUGAUGAUGAAGAUGAUGACGAAGACAUGGAUUCAAAAGAAAAAGUGGUAUUAACUGCAUGUCCUGGAACACAUAUACGAAAGAUAAGACGGUUGUUACGGAAAUAUAAAGGGAAUCCGAAUGCCGUUAUUGAUGCUCUGUACGAAACGACAGAGGACCCACCACAAGAGGAAACAACAGCGACAGCGACAGCGACACUAGAAUCAAACACUUCUGUCAUUGAAUCUGAAGCUACAACGGAUCCAGAUCCACCUCACAAAGAAUCAGCAGAUGAGGAAACCCCCCGAGAACCAACCGCUGAACCCGCCACGAGCGACGAAACAGCAACCAACGAAGCAUCGGUUCCUGUCGAAUCAAGCCAAGCAACAGAGGUUGAUCAGGCCGAGCCGUCUGAAGAACCAAAAAAGACAAAGAAGAAACCAAAACGUCUGACGGCUAGAGAGAGGAAACUGCAAGCCAAAAUACGACAAAAGGAGCAGAAAUUAGCAAAGAAAAGAGGUGCAAGCCGACCUCAAGAGCCAUCCAUACCCACAGAGGCAAUGAAAGAGUUAUACAUUUAGAAUGAUUUGCUAGUUAAGUUAAUUUAAAAAGAUCUUAAGACAAUACGGAAAUUUGCUGUGGCAUCCAUUUUUGCAAGACUUUUGGAACUGCCACCGUGCCA